UGUGAGGUUGAAUCGGUACUGGAUGGUGAGGACAUGGAUUCUGUGUCUACUACUUCCCAAAAAGAGCCUGAGUGUUCUUCGCGUUUUGAUUGUGAGGGUAAGUCGCUUCUGGAUUGUGAAGGUAAAUCGCUACUGGACUGUGGGGUUAAAUCGCGUCUUGAUUGUGAGGGUAAGUCGCUUCUGGGUUGUGAAGGUAAAUCGCUACUGGACUGUGGGGUUAAAUCGCGUCUUGAUUGUGAGGGUAAGUCGCUUCUGGGUUGUGAAGGUAAAACGCUACUGGAUUGUUGGUGUACUUCGUAUCUGGAUUUUGGGUGUAAUUCGUAUCUGGUUUGUGCGCGUAGAUCACGUAGUUCGAUUUUCACUCUUUCAGGAUCUACAAUGCCUUUGUAAUAGGCAAUCGACUUG